UGUAAGUUUGACAGGUAGAGGACGGGAUUGGGCCUUCGCCAUCCCAGUACGGUACCAAAAUAGCCGACAAAGUGUGGCAACGGAUUCGAUCCCCCCGGCCACGGCGGGCCGCGGGUGGAUAUGUGAUCCCGCGGGCGGAUGCGCCCCGCGCCAGCACCAGCAUCAUGGAGGACACGAUCAUCGAGGUGGUGGACCGGGAUAGCUUGCAGCAGUCGCGUAUGGCACUGCCACCGCGCUACCGUUUCCGGGAUCUGCUGCUCGGUGAUUUCGCUUUCAACGACGACGGUGAAAGAGUACGGGUAGAAUAUUAUGUAAAUGAAAACACAUUCAAAGAAAGACUGCAACUAUAUUUUAUAAAGAAUCAAAGAUCAAGUUUAAGGAUACGUAUCGCUAAUUUAUUCUUUAAGUUGUUAACCUGCAUACUGUACAUAUUUCGGGUAGUUACGGAUCUGAAUCCAACGUUUGCAACCUGCUACGGUUGCAAGGUGGGCAACAAGACGGAAUUCCUGUGGUCGGCAACGCGAACCGAGGAAGCGUUCCAAGAAGAUCCCAUCAUCAAUUGGGACGCGAUCCUGUGGGUAAACCGACCAACCGAGCUGUGGGCUGUACAGUUGGUGCUGGCGCUAAUUUCGCUCACAGAAGCGCUCCUGAUGGCGUACCUCGGAUAUAAGGGCAACAUCUGGCAGCAAAUUUUAUCGUUUCAUUUUAUACUGGAGCUCGUUACAACGAUACCAUUUGCAGUAACGAUUUUAUGGCCCCCAUUCAGGAACUUAUUCAUUCCAGUGUUUCUGAACUGCUGGCUCGCUAAGCGAUCGCUCGAGAACAUGUUUAAUGAUCUCCAUCGGGCAAUGCAAAAGUCACAAUCAGCGCUAUCACAACAGCUGACGAUACUGUCGGCGACUCUACUCUGCCUAGUGUUCACAAGCGUCUGCGGGAUACAGCACUUUCAACGGGCCGGCCAUCGACAUCUGAAUCUGUUCCAGAGCACCUACUACGUGGUGGUAACGUUCUCGACCGUUGGCUACGGUGACUUUGUGCCUGACAUCUGGCCCUCCCAGCUUUUCAUGGUCAUCAUGAUCUGUGUGGCGUUGAUCGUGCUUCCAACGCAAUUUGAACAGCUGGCGUUCACGUGGAUGGAGCGUCAGAAGCUGGGAGGCAGCUACUCCUCACACCGGGCACAAAGUGAGAAGCACGUCGUCGUCUGCUCGACCACGCUGCACGCCGACACCAUCAUGGACUUCCUGAACGAGUUCUACGCCCAUCCGCUGCUGCAGGACUACUACGUCGUGCUGCUCAGCCCGAUGGAGCUCGACACCACCAUGCGAAUGAUCCUGCAGGUGCCGAUCUGGGCCCAGCGCGUCAUCUACAUCCAGGGCUCCUGUCUUAAAGAUGGCGAUCUGGCGCGGGCCCGCAUGGCCGAGGCGGAGGCGUGUUUCAUUCUGGCUGCCCGCAGCUACGCCGACAAGACGGCCGCGGACGAACACGCCAUACUGCGCUCCUGGGCCGUGAAAGAUUUCGCACCAAAUAUCCCGCAGUAUGUACAAAUUUUCCGACCGGAGAACAAGCUGCAUGUGAAGUUUGCCGAGCACGUCGUCUGCGAGGAUGAGUUCAAAUAUGCACUGCUCGCUAACAACUGUACAUGCCCCGGGGCGAGCACGCUCGUCACGCUGUUGCUACAUACGUCACGCGGACAGGAGGGCCAGCAAUCGGCGGAAGAGUGGCACCGGUUGUACGGCAAGUGCUCUGGCAACGAGAUUUAUCAUAUCGUGCUCGGGGACAGCCGGUUUUUCGGCGAAUACGAAGGGAAAAGUUUCACCUACGCCAGCUUUCAUUCGCAUCGCAAAUACGGAGUGGCCUUAGUCGGAGUGCGACCCGCGGAGCUGCCCGAGUUCUACGAGGACACGAUACUGCUCAAUCCCGGGCCGCGUCACAUCAUGAAGAAGGAUGACACUUGCUACUACAUGAGCAUCACCAAGGAAGAGAACUCGGCCUUUGUGGUGAACCAGAACCAAAACCAAAGUCCCGAUCAGCCUCCGAAAGAAGUAACCGCGAACAACAACAACAACAACAACAACAGUAACAACAACAACCACAACAUCAACAACAACACCAUCGGUGCCGGGGGUGGCUCCGUGCCGCCCAUGGCCCCAGUGCCUUCGGUCUGUGUGCGUGUGCCGCAUAGUCCCAGUCUCAAUUCGGCCAACUCCGACAGUCCCGGCUCACCGCGGGCCACUAGCAAGCUGGACGGUCACGACUUUACGACACUGGCCGUGCCAACGACCUACACGGAAAGUGUCACCACUGGUGGAAGCAAUCCGGCAGCCGGCACUACAGCCCUCACCAAUGCCAUCACUAUAUCGGACUCCAAGUCCAACCUCAAGGAAAGUGCGGCAGCACCCUUCGCGGGGACCACGCAUACCACAACAACAACGACCACGACGACACAAUCAACGUUAGGACCUCCGACCAUCUCAUCCGCGAACCAUCUCGAGAUUCCUACCGGCAACAAUCCAAAUCUACUCAGUCCCGACAUCCUCAACCAACGGAGAGGCAGCCGGAGACCUUCGAUUCUACCCGUGCCGGACAUGUUCACGUCGUCAUCGUUUAGCAUCUCCGGCGAGGACGGUAUCGAUGGGGAAGACAACGAAAGUGACGACGAGAUCGACGAUGACGUGCCCUGGCGGUCACCGUCGGAAAAGAUUGCUGGCGGAAGUGCAGAUCUUUCGCUCCUGCAAACGGUGUCGCUCGUUCUGAGCUCAUCCGGCGAAUCGAAAUGUUGUAGUUCGACAUCCGAUACCAAAGAUUCAACUCACACACCCCCUGCAUGGCAUACUGACUGUUCCCGGAUCGUGAAAGGAUUUCCACCGGUUUCACCGUUCAUUGGCGUCAGUCCGACUUUGUGUUUUCUUCUCAAGGAAAAGAAACCUCUCUGCUGCCUACAACUUGCUCAAGUUUGCGAACACUGUAGCUAUAGAAAUGCGAAGGAAUAUCAGUGGCAAAAUAAAACCAUCAUUCUAGCGGCCGACUAUGCGUCCAACGGUAUCUACAACUUCAUCAUACCGCUCCGAGCACACUUCCGGUCGAAAACGUCACUCAACCCGAUCAUUCUGCUGCUCGAACGACGGCCCGACAUUGCCUUCUUGGAUGCUAUCUCCUACUUCCCACUGGUGUACUGGAUGUUGGGUUCGAUCGACUGUCUCGACGAUCUACUAAGGGCCGGCAUUACCCUAGCGGAGAAUGUCGUCGUCGUGAACAAGGAGCUGUCAAACUCAGCCGAGGAGGACACACUAGCUGACUGCAAUACAAUCGUUGCUGUGCAAACAAUGUUUAAAUUUUUCCCAAGCAUCCGCAGCAUCACCGAACUAUCCCAGAGCUCAAACAUGAGAUUCAUGCAGUUCCGCGCACACGACAAGUACGCAUUGCAUCUGAGCAAAAUGGAAAAGCGGGAGAAGGAGCGAGGCUCACACAUAUCAUACAUGUUCCGGUUACCGUUCGCCGCCGGCAACGUCUUCAGUGCAUCGAUGUUGGACACGCUGCUAUACCAAGCAUUCGUGAAGGACUACGUGAUUACAUUCGUGCGGCUACUUCUCGGCAUCGAUCAGGCCCCGGGCAGUGGAUUCCUCACCUCGAUGAAGAUCACCAAGGACGACAUGUGGAUACGUACAUACGGCCGGUUGUAUCAGAAGCUUUGCUCCACCACGUGCGAAAUUCCGAUCGGUAUCUACCGUACGCAGGACACAUCCAGUGCGGAUGCAUCACAUGUGAGUAACUCGCCAGUCGCCGAAAAAUGGCGUCCGUUUGGAUCUUUCGGGACCUUUAAACAUUGUGUGCGGUUGCGACCAUCGUAUGAAGAGGAAGUGGUUACGACCACCGCCACCGCUAGCAGCACCUCGGCCAGCGGCGUACCGAUCAAGGGUGUUGCGGAAGCGAACCUCCGGGGUGUAACCUACCGCCCGCCGCCGGCCACAAUCCGCAAGUCAUCGUCCUGUCUGGGUGGAUGCACCGCCCGUAAAGGAUCGAGCUACUCGAUCAAUAUGGCCGACGAAGCGCGCGAUAAUCAUGUGCAGCAAAUCGAACGGGCCGAGAUCGCAAACUUGGUGCGUAGUCGGAUGGAAUCGCUAAAUCUUCCGAGCAUCGACUAUGACGACGUAAGUGAAAAGCGCAACCAUCUUUCGUACGUCAUCAUCAACCCGUCGUGCGAUCUCAAGCUGGAAGAGGGUGACAUCAUCUAUCUGGUGCGGCCCUCUCCAUUCUCGGCCCAGAAAACGUUCGAACGGCACAACUCGCGUCGAAAGUCCAACAUAUCAUUCUGCUCCAACAUCAAUCUGGCGGCGGCGGCGGCCGGCUCACGGCGCGGUUCCGGCAUCGGCCUGAACACCAUCGGUGGACCUCAGCCGAUGUCAGGUUACGUAACGCCCCGGGCGCCUCCGCUGGUCACAACAAAAUCGAAUUCUCUAUCUCUUCCAGAUAGUCCUAAUGCAAUGGGACAGAUGCGGGGAAGGAGCAACUCCUUGAGGAUUGACAGCGACAUCCUUCUGAGACGCUCCAACUCUCUGCGACAGGGACUGCCGAACAUCGGGGCAUCGGGACGCCGGAAGUCAUCGCUGGAGGAGAUUGGCAUAAGCCACUUUGCGACGCUGAUGCAGGCAACGAAUCACUCGAACCCAAUCAAGAUUGCUCUGAACGGUAGCAUCGGGCUGGAGGUAACACCUCCAGAGGAACCGCUACCAAUCAUCGGUGUACCGUGUCUAAGCGGUGGGAUUAACCCGUCCACCCUCGGUGGACCCGGUUCCGGACUGGGAGGUUCAACACUCGGUGGGUCUACACUCGGUGGCUCCUCACUCGGUCUGAGCAACGCGAUAGAGUCCAACAAUAGCGCCUCCACACCGAACAUCCAGAUGCAGAACGAAUCCUCCCAGCAGCCGCAGCAUCUGCAUGGCACGAUAGUAUGAUAUAACUUAAUGUGGGGCCGCAGGCUCCGUUCGGCGGUACGCAACAACAAAUGGAUAUAGAGCUAGCCAAACACCCGUCGCUUCAGUCGUAGGUACUAG